AAAAAGAAAAAGGAGCCGAAGAAAGAUAAGGGACCCGGGGACACUACCUACUCUCUGAGUCUGAGAGAAAAACUGACCUCUUCAGGCGCACACAAUCAAACGAACCACACCAUAAGAACUUCCGCAACUCUUGCCCUGUUGAAUCUUCUGGGAUUCCUCUUCUUCCUCCUCUUUUCAAUUUUCUAUUGCGGAUCACAUAUGUAUAUAUAAGCCUUGUACUGUGUUCUAUACUGGAUCAAGGUAUUUAUCCUUCAUAACCUAGCCAAUCGCUUGGCUUGGUGUUUCUGAUAUAUGUGCAAAAGACAUGCCAUGCGUUUGUCCAUCUUAUAGAAAAUAGACCAGUCAUGCCUUUCAGCCGUUAUUGUGAUAGAAGGCUUCAACUGAAUAUAUCUGGCAUGAAUGAGAUUCAGUUAAUUACCAACUGGGAAGAUGUGAUUUGUCCCAUAUGUUUGGAUUUUCCUCACAAUGGUGUACUUCUUCAUUGCUCAUCUUAUGAGAAAGGAUGCCGUCCUUUUGUUUGUGACACAAACCACUUGCACUCAAAUUGUUUAGAUCGUUUUAAAAGUGCAUAUGGAAUGUCAACUUCGUCCACAAUUGAUACAAUUAACGAGGAAAACACUGAGCCAAUGGUUUCAGAAGAAAAGUCCAAAUCAAGUUGUCCCUUGUGUAGGGGUGAGGUUACUGGAUGGAUGGUUGUUGAUGAGGUUCGCACGUUUCUGGAUGAGAAAAAGCGUUGCUGUGAUGAGGAACAGUGUACAUUUAUGGGCACCUACUCAGAACUCCAGAAACAUGCUCAAAAGGAGCACCCACAUGCUCGACCGUCAAAAAUUGAUCCUGCAAGGCAGCUUGACUGGGAAAAUUUCCAGCAGUCCUCUGAGAUUAUUGAUGUUUUGAGCACCAUUCAUUCAGAAGUCCCACGUGGUGUGGUUCUAGGAGACUAUGUGAUAGAAUAUGGUGAUGAUGAAACUGGAGAUGAGUUCGAGGACUUCCCUGGUAAUAAAGGUAACUGGUGGACCUCCUGUAUCUUGUAUCAGGUGUUUGAUAAGUUCAGGAAUUCUAGAAAUAGAAGAAGGUCAAGAGUUAGUGAUGCAAGAAGAGGUAGUCGUCGAUCAAGUUAUGAUACUUCAAAUUCCGAUGAGGGUUCUGUGGCAUCUGUAGAAUUUGCAGAGUAUAGGGUAGACGAAACUGACGGCGAGUUUAUAAGCUCAAAUGCCCCCUCAAGGAGUGGCUCCACUCAUCAAAGGUUUGGCAGAAUAAGGGAUUUGAUAAUCUGCACCUGUGAUUUAUCAUGCUACUGUCUGUGCUUCUUAUGGCUGAUGCCCAAGUCAUCAUGUUCUCGAAGACAUCGUUCCCGCUUCUACGACAAUUAGUGUUUGAAUAGAAGUGAAAGCACGGGGCAAAGAAAGAAGAUCCAAAUGAAGUAGAAAACACUGGAUUUGUUGCUGUGGUUUCCUCAUAUGACAUAAAAAGCUGCAUCCGGAUCAUGACUAGUUAAGUUUUAGUGCAAUGUCCUAUGUAUACCCAUGGAUUUGGAACUUUCCAUGACAAUCCUAUAGCUUGUUAUUUUCUUUUAUUUUCCCAGUCUGCUUAGUAAAUUUUGGUAUUGUUCAUGGCUGCUAACAUCCAUUCUCUCAUCGAGACUUGAUUAGCCGGUCUUAAUCUAUCAGUGAGAGAGGGUGGUUUUGCUGGGUCCUAAUCUGUUUGUGAUAAUGUGAUCGAACUCCAUGGAUGUAUAGAAAUCAGUUUAGGCUCUUAUCUCA